AUGCUGAGGAUAUCGCUUGUUGUCAUGCUCUGUGCUCUGAGAAGCUGCCCUGUCAGUGUGGGAGGCAUCAAGCAUCGUGACAAUAACAACACUCUUCAAAGUAUUGGUUGUUACAUCCGUCUGGAAGCACCAGAAGGGUUCUUGGACUCUCCCAACUACCCUGGCAGUUAUCCUCCAGGAUUUGACUGUUGUUAUGACAUUGCGAGGUCCUCAUCCAGUCACUGCGGAGUGAAAUUCUACGCGGAACAGCUGACUAUUGUACAGACAUAUGAAGAUGGCGGUUUCUGUCAAACGGAUUGGUUAGCUGUAGAUUCAUGUGUCCCUGAAGGGGGAAGCAGAUUCUGUGGGAAUCUCACCGGUUCGACAUUUCAGUACUUGUUUCAACCAGGUUCCAGAGCACUACGCCUCAUAUUUCACAGUUCACUGCAUAAUCCAGACGACUGGCCUGAUUCAGAUAUUAAGUACCGAUAUCGGUUAAGAUAUCGAAUCCUGGAUGACUGUGGAGGUCUCUUCCAGGAACCUAUUGUUUCUGACAUUCCUGGAGCAGCGGGCAUGACCUGUUACACGCGGAUUCCUGACAAGCGUGGGUCAGUCAACACUCCCUUCUAUCCUGAAUACUAUCCUCCCAACCUGGACUGUGUCUAUGAAUUUAUCAGACCAAAUCCUUUCAUCUGUGGAAUCAGAAUGCGUUCCAUGGAGUUCGAGCUGGAGCCAUCGACAUCAACGCCAUUCGGACGUGCCUGUGCAGACUACCUACAAGCACCAGGCUGUGGCUUUCUGUGUGGUUCCAUAAAUUUUUCUUGGACAUCUGUGUACCAACCAGGUGCCACAAGUCAGAGAUUUCACUUUCAUUCUGAUGAGGCCAACAGUCAUCAAGGAUUUCUUAUUGCAUUUGAACAAGUUUACCACUGCUGAUAUAGAAGAAUGAAACCAAAUAGUAUCCAUUUGUACUAAUAAAGAUAUAAUUAGUUGAGGGCAAGUUAGACUAGCAGCACCCAUCAAUAUUCAUUCAUACUACCAAGCAAAUAUGUGUGUAGUUCAGUUGUCCUAUCCUUUGAUAUGUGGGGCUCUGUGAACCUUUCUUUGCCAAUUAUCAAGUUGCAUUAUGGGCAAAUGUCCCACUCAUCCUGUAACCAUUCAAAUAUUAACCAUAGUUCUUUCUGAAUAUGAUAUUAAUACUGAAUAAAUGUACGUUCAUAAUUACAAUUAUGAAAAGUAUGGAAAAUCACUCAACUGCUAAAAAUCAGCUUUCCAGUUCAUUAUUGGAAUAUAUAUGAAAUAUUUCCUUUCUUAUGCAGACAAAUGAAACCAAUGCAGAUAGGUAAUACCUGAAAAUCACAAUACUGAACAGUAUUAUACAGUACAUAAGCAAGAAGUUCAAAAGCAAACAAAUUUUAUAAAGAACUUAAAAACCAAAGACAUGCACUACCAUUGACAAGUGGACAAUGCUUAAAAAAUUGUUGACAUGUCUAUGGCCUGUCGCCAUAAAACAAAAUGUCAUGGGCUGCUUCCAAUAGUUCAUUACUUACUGCAGUCAAACCAGAAGGUAAUCAUUGAUUUUGAACAACUUUUACAUUAUUAUUUUUCAUUCUACAAAAAAUGUCAUUAAUGGAAGUUCCAAAUUUUUCAAGGACAAAAGAAAUAUGAAAUUCGAGAAUCCUAUACUAUUUGAAUUUAACUCUAGGUGGCAUACCCCACACGAUAUAGCCGAGACCUAAUUUUCCAGCAUACAUCUUUGUUGCUGAGGAUUAACGUAUUUGACUUCAGCUUCUUUUGCUACAGAUGGAAGAAGUUUGCUACAGAGAAAAAUUGUCAUCUCUGUAAAGGAAGAUACAUUUAUUUUUAAAAGGGGUUCUGCAAUAAUGUUUUUAUUACUAUGAAUGUGCCAGAUGUCUUGUAAAAUACAGCUUAAAAGACAAAAUUGCUUUUUAUGGAUAUUCAGAUAUUUAAAUAUUAUAUUCUGAACCAAAAUGUUUCAUAUGAAUAUAAAUAUUCAUACACAUUUGAGUGAUAAAGAAAGAGAAACUUUAUAAAGUGAAAUCUAGCAGUUUGUGUAUUGGGCUUUCAUAGUUCUUGCUACACAAGAAUACACAGUUAUAGAUAUUUUCAUGGUGAAAAGUUUGAAAUGAAUAGUGUUGCCAUUUUAUUAUUAUUAUUUCAAAAUUGCAUUCAUUAAAUAGAUAAGUUACAUAGAGAUAUGUUAUAACUGGUUGCUAUAAGAAUUUGACAUUUAUAUUAGCCUACUUUCCUAAAGUUGGCUUAUGCAAUCUCCAUGCUGUCUGUGUAUUUGCGAAUCCCUCCCACAUUAAUUUUUGAAUGCCUAAACCAAUCUUUAUGAAACUUGGUAUAUAUAUCAUGGCAUCUGAGUUUAUCUCAAUGGCAUACUUCAUUAAUCCCUCCCAUCAGUCUGUGAGUAUGUAUGUGUACCCCUUCUAUCAUUGCUAGACAGGGCUCAGUAAAGUGUAUCCCUCUUUUCGUCGUGAGGCAAUGGUUUGGUAAACACGUUAGUACAGCAACAAAUACAUGCAACAAUAGAAGAACUGUUGGACGCAUAUGUCUGAGGGUCUGUACAUCCCUUUAUUGUUGUUAGGUAACAGCUCCAUAAAGAUGUUCCCGCGGCAAAGAAGAAUUGUUGGAGGCAUCAUUUUCGAUGAAGUUCAUAUUGAACGAAAAGAAAAUAGGCUUCUUCCCGGAACUUCUUGUUAAAUAAUGACGUUGCUAUCAUCUUGCCACUUUUACCAUAUUCUAAUUAGGUCAGUCUGCCUGCAUGAGUAAUAACAUCAUAUGGCUAGAUUAGGAUGAAUAUUAAUUAUAUAAUGCAGCUUUCUAUUCAUUUUCUCAAAUUUAAAACAUCUCUGAUGUCUUCAAUUCUUCUGGUUGGCAAUGAAUGGAAGAACAUGGAAUGGAAGUCCCUAUUUACAUAUGUCUUCCCGGAUUCCUGAAGUGUUAUUGCGCAGAAUAAAUUUCUGCAUCUGCCACAGCUCUAAACCAUUCAUUCUGUGCAACCCUUAGAAUUUUUCAGGAACCUGAAAAAGAAAUGCAUAGAUAGAGAAAAAAGUAAAAAUAGUCAAAAUAAUUCAAAUAUACUUUAAUUCUAACUUUAUUGUUAAAAAAAGGCUGUCAACUGGAGGAUAACUGUAUGGACCUCAUUUGAAAGAUAAUUCUAUAAAGAACUUAAUUCCUUUGAAUAGGAUGUCACGAACUGUUGAACCAAUUGCUUGGUGCACUCUAAUACGUACUGCAGUAGCUUCAGUGAUGUGUUUUCAAUCCUUCAUUUAAAAUGUUACUUGAGAAUACAAUAAUUUAUAUUAUUUUUGGAAACAGUAAUUUAUUCAUCUAGAAGAAGAGAAUAAGAACUCAAAAUCUAGAAGAAAUAACGUUUACAGUUCGCAACACUUGGUCUCAUAGUGCAAGUGUUCAGCUAAAUUUUUUCUAGUUAUGUAAGAAUUGUAGUAAAAUUUACUGUUACACACGUCAAUGAAAUGUUCAUAUGAGAUACAUUCAUAGGAACUAAAUAUUAGAUUAUUUUAUGUGUGAAUUAUAGACCAAUGGAUUACUACCUAUAUAUAUAGACAACAUUUUGUUGCUACAAUCCAAAAUAUUUCUUCUUUAUACUGGCAUCACUGUCAUCGAGCAAUCUGUAAGAAAGAGAUUAUACUGUGUGCAUUCUUGUGUGGGAUCAGUGUGAAACCACAUCACAAAUAUAGAGCAGACAGAAAUGGUGGUUGAAACGGAAAACAUCAGAAAUUUCAAUUACACUGUGGGCUUCCAUAAUGAAACUUUCUGGUAGUUUGUUUUACCUGAUGGGGUAGAAUAUGAUUCACAAUAUUCUAUUACAAGACAUGCUUCUCAGCUCCUGGUAACUUCACCAUUGUAAGAUCUUCGUGAACAAAGGUGCAGUCAUCCUUCAACCCCAACAUUAUACCCACAUUAAUAUAGUACAAUGUUGCACUCCUGAAUUUACAGUACUUUCAGUGUCCAAAUUUCUCAGAAUGCUUGUUUUCCUCACUGUUUGAAGUGAAUGUUGAGACAGUACCUCUCAACUGCUUCCCCUUACUCUCUUCAAAUUCAACAUGCAUAAUCAUCCCUUCAUCUUAUUUUAUGCUACAUAACAUAAUUAUAUGCAGUUCAUAUGAUAACAUUACAUAACCUAUGAAUAUAUAAUUCAUUAAUCAUAAUAUCAAAACCAAGUAUAACUUCAAAAUAUUAUAAUGUUCAGAAUUACACCAAACAUAGAAGUGACAUGUUCCUCCAAAACUUCAGACUUUCUCUAGCAACAUGGUAUUACAACUAAGAAGAAUGGACUCUUAAACUUAAAUAUUAUAAAGCUGUCACAAAUCUAAAGGAAUAUUAACUGCCUCAUCCCUCUGCAUGUGGUUUUUGUCUGACAUGCUCUUCCUUGCAUUUGUCCCCAUGGGACAAGGCUUAAAAUCUUACACAUUUAGAACCGGUUAAAUUACACUAUACUUACUAUAUGUUCUAUAAUUAUAAGUAUUAUAUCAAGAAAAUUACUAUACACAGAUAUUUCACAUUCUUCAUUAACUACCCAUAAAUAUAACAUAUACAUACAGAAAUUAGCCAUAUGUAAAGAAAAUAUACACAUAUAUAAACAUAUGGUGCUGCAUACAGAAUUUACAUUCAGACACAUGAUUAUAGUUUGUAAAACAUUUCUUAAUAAUACAUACAAAAUCAUCAUUACAGUUGGUGACGUUCAAGAGGAAUUAUUUCAGUACUUCUAAUUGUUUACUCUUGGUAGAUAAACUUUUAAUUUUGAUUUGGAAGGGGAGUUUGUUUUACAGUUUUAUUCCAGCAUAGCAGAAUUCUUCAGCAGCUUCAUAUAAGUUAUAGCAAAUGAGUUUGUAUAUAGAGUUAAAGUUAUGAUGAAAGAUAAUUACCUGAAUAAGAGUUACUGUUAUCCUGCACAACUUCCAUUAAGCUUUGUGUAACUACAUUUUCUUCAUAACAUCUGGUUAUACUGCCACAGGUCAAAAGCAGGUUGAAGGUUUGGAGUGAAUAUACUCUCUCUUCAGAAAGAUGUUCCUGGUGAUUUACAAAAAUACUGACAAAAUAUUACAAAACUGCCUUUGAAAAAUGACAUGUUAAUUUCCCUGGAUUACUGUAACUCCCUGUGUAUCAGUCCACUCAAUAUUAAUUAUUGUAAAAUUCUGUAUACUUAGAUAUUAACAUAGAACAAUUCUAGUCAUUUUAAGCUAUAAAUUUUCAUGAAUAUAAUAUUACUAUAAUAUAUAGGAAUGGUAUUUAAAAAUAAGAGCUUCAAUCAUUAUGAGGAGUUUCUUGAAAUAUCUUUUACACACUAUGAAGCAUACAUAUAUAAUAUUACAUUUGAUUUAAUGCAUAUAAAAACAGGGAUAUAAUACCAGGUUUGGACAUGUUUUCAUUCCUAGAUUUUGUUAACAAGAUUACUUUACACAGAAACAAACCUGACCCAAAUGGCAGACACUAUUCUAUAGCGUUACCACAACCUGAACUAAAUAUACAAACAUGUGAACAGUACUGAAAUUCUGACCAACCAUGAGUGGAUGGAUGAACAAAAGGCUGAAUCUUGAUGUGUUAUCUAAAACUUCAUUCAGCAAAUUAUACAGUGAACAAGAUAUAUGCAAAAAUGUUGUACUUAAAACAUGAUAAAAUUGCAUUUAUUAGACUGCUUCAUCUAUAACUUGGAAUUCUGUAAAACUUGUUCUGCAUAGCAGUCUUCAAACAUAUUUUCAUUUAAGCACUGUAUAUUUUUCUCAAAUUUGUUUUAGACUUUCAUGUCUUAUAAUGUACAAAUGUCUUCUUGAUCCAUCCACACCACAUAAAUUGGUAAUUAUAGUCAGUUACAUGUAAAACACUUGUAAACUUUUAAAGAUUACUCAGAAAGUUUUGAGACUUAGAUGCACCACAAACAUAAAAAUUCCUUGCAAUUUGCAUACAUUUUUAGAGCAGGAUUUGUUCAAAUGAAAAAUAUGUAUCAUGGACAUUCAUCAUAUGUCUUGUAAUAAAAGCAAUUACAACCCAUGAUAUGGUUUUGUUAUAUUUCAAUAUCAAAGUCAUGAUUCACCACAGUUAGUCUGUUUGUAGUCUCAAAAUAUUUCUUUGAUUAAUUACCCUUCAAUAUACCAGGUAUGGGGAUUUAAAAAAUUGGUCACAUUGUAAAACAUAAAUGCGCCUUUAGUUAACAUUAAUGGUAAAACAGCAGCUUGACACAAAUACUGACAUCUUUAUCCAUAUAUUUCAUUAAUAUGCUGUUCUGAGAAGUGUUAUGCAUGUGAUCUGAAGCUUUCACAGUGGCUGAAAUUAAUUAAAUCCUCUGAGGCUAUCAGCUAUGUCAGUUGGUUAAAAAUGACCAAUGUUUUAAGAGACCAUCUUCAUGACUCAACUCACUAGUGCACAAGUGGCUUAUGCCCGGUUCUGAUAAUGGGUUAUGGGCUGGUAUGCAUAUGGAAUGUCAUAUCAGAUCCUUGUGAUGGGGACAGUGAUGGUCCCUGAAGCAGUCACUUUUUAAUAACUGACAUAACUGACAACAUGAGAGGAUUUCAUUAGUUGCAUGUAUGGUUUCUCAAUCCUGUCUUGUUCAAGAAAUGUUCAAAUACAUCUUGCUCGUGACAUUAAGGUUGAAGCUUUAUUAUGUUUCAUAAGAAUUAAUUUAAUUUAAUUAAAUCUUACACAAAGUUCAAUUAUACUUUCAUCUGGAGAAAACUGAGAGUAGGCUCUGAAAAAUAUAUUAAAAAAAAGUCUCCAAACCCUUCAUUCAGUAGCAUUCUAUCCAAAACAGUUUCAUUGUGGGGGCUGCCUUAUUGUAUUUCCUUCUCAUAAUAUCUAACCCCAUGAAGCAGAGUCCUCAGAACCUUACAGCAGCUCAGGUAAUAAAAGAAUUCCAUGCCUUUUAUGGAGCCUGAAGGUUUAUUACUGUGUUCACAUGAGCCAGCCAUGGGUUCACUUCUCUUCCUUACUAUGCUCAUACAGUAUUAAUUUCUUCAUUAAGCCUCUGCUGCAAGGAUGUACAAAAUUUUCACAUGUGGCAUACUGAUAGUACACAGAAGAUUGAGACCAAUUUGAUGUUUCUGAACCCAUUUGCAUAAAUUUCAGUCAUAUUACUUUAAUUAAAUUGAUUAUAACUAUACUCAUUAAGGACAGUUUCAAACUAUUUACCAUUAAUUUUUACAACACUAUUUAACUACUUAUGCCCAUUAUUUACACAAUACUGUAGUAAUAAGUCUGAUUUCAUUGCUAGUAUCAGCAAAUUAUUGCAUCAACUUGUAUUGUUCUGCACUCUGAUAUCCAUUGGAGAUUUAUUUAUGAGCAUGACUGCAGGUCUCAAGAGAGGAACAGUCAAUGAUGAAGGUCUCAGGAUGAAAUGCUGGUUUCCCUUCUCACAGCACAAGUCUAUGUCUGUUCUGUGGGUAGCACUGGAACCAGAUUUUGGGAUGCUAGAACUCUUGUACGAGACAAUUCAAGUACAUGGAGUGGUGACCCUGCCUUAUGUGAGCUCCAUGUCACACUGGCCCAGUGGGUAAUACUUGGCAUACUUGAUAAGGACCCUCCCCAGGAUUACAUGGCAGGUAGACAUGACUUGUUAGCCAUAAUAGACAGUCUAAGGGUAAGAAAGCCUGAAGAAAAAACCCUGAUUCUCCAUGAUUGCAAGACUGCAACAAGUUGGUAACCUGCUCAAGCAAAAAAGAAUUAUUCAUAAUCCUCAAAGGUUCAAAUCCCAGAGCCUGUGGACAGAACAGAUCAGCAAGCUGAAUCAUUGCAGAUAUUUCCCCACAUGCCAGGAACAUCAAUUUUUUAUUUUAUUUAAUAAGUUAAAUUUAUUUGACUUGAGGACAUUUGCCUACAAACAGCAGGUUCAGUAAUGUUAUUUCAUAAGAACUUGAUAAUAUUGGUACUUACGAAACAGUACCAGUAGUUCAACAUGAACUAUUAUAUCUUACUUAUAACCUGUGUUAAAGUUCCCAAUUGCAGAAAAUAAUUAAAACAUUUGUAUUUCAGUAAGUCUGCAAAUGGCAGAAAAAAUUUUUAGGUACAUUUCUUAUUGAAUUAGGUUCUCACUGCCAUAAAUAUGAACUUCUUUUGGCUUGUUUUGGACUUCAUCCAUCGUCUGGUAUGUAAAAGACAAAAGACUGCAACGUUUCAGA